UGUUGAUCCGUCUGCGGUCGAAAGCAGGGACGUGGCGCGUGCCGGAUUUGACGCCGGCGUCGACCGUCUCGGACUUGAAGACGUGGGUUGAGAAUGAGCAUGCGAUCGCUGUGAGUCGUCAGCACAUCAGCCGCGACCCCAAAGGUGCCAGUUUGCCUGAUGCCACGACGCUGAGGUCAAUUCAAGUCGGCCACGGAGACAUGCUGCACUUGGAUUUCGACGGAGAAGCAAUAUCCACCGGGGGUGUUGUUCAUCGAAAGAUCAACGCCGAUGGUACCCUCACGCAUGCAACGUACGAUACGCGCUUGGGGAAGACGGGAUUUCGGCCUGGCAUGAAAGCUUUGCGGGACAUGAAGAUGCACUGGACCCUUGGGGAGUUUAUGGAGAUGGAUUCCCAGUUCGAGUUCAAGAUCAAGGCCCAAAAAAGCGCGCACUGCAAUGCCGUUCGUCUCGAUGCCGCGUCAUGCAAUGGAUUCCAGAGUUACCUGCGCAACUUCGCUUUUCAGCAGUGCCGCUGUGGAUGGCUCUACGGGACGGUCGCCGAUGGCAUCGUGACGGUCGAGUGUAUCUACGAACCUCCACAGGAAGGCAACCUUCAUGGUUUUGAGGUGAUGGACGAUCCACAUGCUGACAAAGCUGACGCGGUGGCAGCAGCGCUCGGGUGGACCAAAGUCGGGUGGAUCUUCAGCCAUCCCCCGCGCGAAGAAGCAGAUUUUCACUUUUCAUCACGCGAAACUCUCCUGGCGGCUCAGUUGCAGUGCGAUGCUGGCGGUGAUACCUCACCGUUUGUCAGCGUCAAGGUGACCGUCGACCUGUCUGGACAGGCUUCGUUCGAGGCAUUCCAGGUGAGCGACCAGUGCAUGGACAUGUUCAGCGCAGGCGCGUUGGUGCCGUUGGAGGACAACCCGAAGGUCAUGGGGGUGCACGAGACGUUCACUGCAAUGGUCGAGAUGAAGGCGGCGAAGGAGAUCGACAACAACUUUUUCCUGUGUGUUGUCCCGGUGCAAACGUAUGAGUCGGCGUUGCAUUGCGAGUUCCCGGCAUUGCAUCGCGAAGGCAGCAUGCGCACCCGUCCCAUGCUGAAGCAAAUUCUCCACAAGUACGGUCGCGACUAUGCUGCUGCCCUGCGAGACUUCCAGCUGCUGCUCUUCCUCGCCGAUUUCCUCGACGUCAACUCUGACAUCCCAGUUAUCUGCCACACGGUCCUGAACAAAGACGCCGUGCUGGAUGAGGGGUACACUGUCUUGAUCGACUCUGUUGCCGGCAAGUAGCGCAAUGAGAUUCUCCCUGUUGACAUUGACGACAGGCAAAACUCUUAAACUUGAUAUUCUGUGUCUUUUUAAUACUUCUACAUCUGAAUGUUUGUUUCAACCCCA